CUCAGGACGCGACGCGUCUGCCGAACCGUUUAAAGAACGCCGAGCUGGAAAUCUUAGAAUUCUUAAAACAUAUUUAAUACACAUUUGAAAGACCCAACUCCAAAGACUGAAAGCCAAAAUCAAAACUAAUCGCACUCACAGCUCUGUAAUGUAAUACGGGUAUAGAAAGCAGACAAAAUGCUUUAUUUAAUUGUUCAAGUCGUGCGAGUUUUCACCUACUUACCUUUUUUUCUGAGUAAUUAAAUAACCAAAACAAGCGAGACCCGCAUAAUUAGCUGGCAAACAGGAAAAACCCCCAGACUGAGUACAAAAUCAAAAAAAGAUAAAUACGAAUACAAAUCAGCCAAAGAGGCAAGGCGCACACAAACAACAAGCCGAGCGGAAGCUGUCCGCAUAUGGGUGUGUGUGCGGUGGUGGUUGUGUGUGAGUGAGGUCCUCCGGAAGCGGGGAACAUCAUCAUCAGCAUCUUCACAUCCUUCGUGGUCGCCGCUGCUGUCGUCAUCGUUGUCACAACUCGGCAUAAAUAUUUAUGUUGACGAAUCUACCUGCGGCAGAGCGUCGCUAAUGAAGCGGCCAAAAUGAAAAUGAAAGGACAUAAUUAUGCUUAUGUUUUACGUGUUAAGUGCUUGGCAAGCACGAUUAAGGCGCUUUAUCACCCGCAACAACGGCAGCAACACGAACGACAAGCACGCCAGCAACAGCAACAGCAGCAACAGCAACAGCUGCGACGGCAGCAGCAACACAUCGCACUGUAGUCACACACAUUGACACGCCCCCAAUCCAGACACACCUACAUACAAAUACAUUGCCGGAUAUACACGAACGAGAUGCUGAAAACUGUGACAACAGCAAUGGCCGCCACGAAUGACGAUGUGCCAGCGAGCAUUUUGGAAAUAGAACUGCCAGCCAUUUUGCUCAACGAGAGCCUCUUCAUCGAGCUGAAUGGCAAUCUCACCCAGCUGCUGGACACGACCAGCAAUCUCAGUCAAAUCAUCUGGAAUCGCAGCGAAAACGGUUAUGGCAGCGGCAACACUUCGACACUCGACAUGGACGCCGAGCAGAGGGCGGCGGUCGAGUUCUGGCUGCUGGUCAAAAUGAUCGCCAUGGCCGUCGUCCUGGGACUGAUGAUACUCGUCACCAUCAUAGGAAACGUUUUCGUAAUUGCCGCCAUUAUACUCGAGAGAAACUUGCAGAAUGUUGCCAAUUAUUUGGUUGCAUCUCUGGCAGUGGCUGAUUUAUUUGUUGCCUGUCUUGUUAUGCCGCUUGGCGCCGUCUACGAGAUAAGUAAUGGAUGGAUAUUGGGACCGGAACUGUGCGACAUUUGGACGUCUUGCGACGUCCUUUGCUGCACAGCAUCCAUUCUGCACCUGGUGGCCAUUGCGGCGGACAGAUACUGGACGGUGACCAAUAUCGACUACAACAAUCUGCGGACGCCGCGCCGCGUAUUCCUCAUGAUUUUCUGCGUCUGGUUUGCGGCCCUGAUUGUUUCCUUGGCGCCGCAAUUUGGCUGGAAGGAUCCGGAUUACAUGAAGCGCAUCGAGGAGCAGCACUGCAUGGUGUCGCAGGAUGUGGGCUAUCAGAUAUUUGCCACCUGUUGCACGUUCUAUGUGCCGCUGCUAGUAAUUCUGUUUUUGUACUGGAAAAUCUACAUAAUUGCCAGGAAGCGCAUUCAGCGGCGAGCUCAGAAGUCAUUCAAUGUCACACUAACUGAGACCGACUGCGAUUCCACGGUGCGGGAGCUGAAGAAGGAGCGUGGCAAGCGGCGGGCGGAGCGGAAGCGCCAGGAGGCGGGGGAGCGGACGCCCGGGGGCGGGGAGGCGGACUCGCAGCUGCAGCGGCGCCCUCGCAAGCGGAUCCGCAUAUGCUUUGGCCGCAACACGAACACGGCCAACAUCACGGCGGGGUCCGAGGGAGCGGUGGCCAGAUCGAUGGCCGCCAUAGCCGUCGACUUUGCCAGCCUGGCCAUUACGCGGGAGGAGACCGAGUUCAGCACCAGCAACUACGACAACAAGAGCCACGCCGGCACCGAGCUCACCACCGUCUCCAGCGAUGCGGACGAUUACCGCACCAGCAACGCGAAUGAAAUCAUCACGUUGUCGCAGCAGGUGGCCCAUGCCACGCAGCACCAUCUGAUAGCCUCGCAUCUGAACGCGAUAACGCCGCUGGCCCAGUCCAUCGCCAUGGGCGGUGCUGGCUGCCUGGCAACGACCUCGCCCUCCGCCGAUGGAGGGGGAGAGGGAGCAGAAGCAGGUGGUGCCUGUGGAGCCGGAACGGAGGGCAGCAGUCCGGGGAAGAACGCCGGAGUGGGCCUGGGCGGAGUUCUGGCCAGCAUCGCCAAUCCGCACCAGAAACUGGCCAAGAGGCGACAGCUCCUGGAGGCCAAGAGGGAGAGGAAGGCGGCCCAGACUCUGGCCAUCAUCACCGGGGCCUUCGUCAUCUGCUGGCUGCCGUUUUUCGUCAUGGCCCUCACAAUGAGCCUGUGCAAGGAGUGCGAGAUCCACACGGCGGUGGCAUCGCUCUUCCUCUGGCUGGGCUACUUCAACUCGACCUUGAAUCCGGUCAUCUACACCAUCUUCAAUCCAGAAUUUCGACGGGCCUUCAAGAGGAUUCUGUUCGGUCGAAAGGCCGCGGCCAGAGCACGCAGUGCGAAAAUUUGAUUUCAACUGAAGGAUAACCAGGACCAGUAUUUGUAAUUAGGGUCAGGCGGGAAUAAGGCAAGGACAGAGUCGACUGGAACGCAAUAUGCUACGGAAUUGGCAUUGUAUAGGGUGUUAUUAGCAAGUAGAGACGAUGUUUUAGCAGAGACAAUCCGACCUAGCUGUAACUGAACAACUAAAAUUCCUCACCACACACACGUGCCCCGAAAAGACAAAACCCGAAAAAAAGGAAUGAACAUUAUGAAAACCGAAACUAAUAGAGUAAAUGAAACUUUGAAUUAUGGUAGCUGAUACUCACUAAAUAUAAAUUAUGCAUAUGUAAGUUAUAAAUAUUUCUAAAGUCUUCCCCGUGUCUUAAAGAAACCCGAGAGUAGUAUGUGUAGAAACCCUAGAACCAUAAGUAAGUUUGAAGAAUAAUGAUCGGAGAUCGAAGAUAAUCGGUUAUAGGCUGGGUCCAAAGAACUUCUUACGCUUUUAUAUUCUGUGUUAGUUAAUCGUGUUUAGUUAUAGCCUAAGCUGCGAAAUGCUCAAUUAUUUCAAUUGGAUAAGUACACUUACAUGAAAGUCAAUAUCAAAAAAAAAAAUAACGAAUUUACACAGCAAACUCAUAACGACACUGAAUCCUUUAAUGUUGCAUAACAACACAACGGGCUGGCCACCGACGUCACAGCUAAUUAGGCAAGUACACCCAACUUUGUUCAGCAAAAUUAGCAUAAAUUCAAAACCGAAAGUUGAACUUUUGUUGCUAAUAUUCCUCACACAUACACAUAACACUGGAAAACCAUGAAACCGCAACAAAAAGUUUGAGCCAUGAUACAUGAUAUGCAGUUAUACGCCACACGCAUUCGUACCUAGUCGUAUAUAUAGUAUAGUAUAGUAUUGUAUAGUAUAUUUAUGGUUCAAUUUUUGAAAAGUUUUCUUGUAAAUAAACGGACUUACAGUUUUAGCAAAUAGUGAACCAACCAAAACCUACAACCACAACAAGAGCAACAACCACUCAAAGAACAACUAUAUAUACAUGUGGUCCCUACCAAAGGGCCAUUAAGUCAAUGCAAUGCUGCAGUUGAAACCUAAUACGCUUCGGUAUGCACAUAAAUGCGUACAUAUGUCUAUCAUGAUAUGUAUUUGUAUGUGUUUUGUAUGUGUGUGUGUGUUUAUGCAACUUCUCGAUGUGUACUUGAUGUCAAAGUUAUUAAAAUUGUGUUUUAUCAAA